UUGUUCUUUCCUUUCAAAGACUAUCACUUGAUCAUCAUGACUGACGAUCGGCUUCUUACGACAGACCCAAACCAAAACAUCCCACGUGAUGAUAGAUCCCCUACAGUUGGACUGAGACCCGACAACAAUCCAAUGAUGCAGAGUGGUAGCGGAAUGCUGACCACCUUGAUCAACUCGGAGGAGAUGAGGACGGCAGCAGAGUCGGCUCUAAAUGAGAACCGUCAGCUCAAAGAACAAUAUGCGCAAGCAAUUGCUUGUCUCGGAGCAUGGAAACCAAAAAUUGUAGAGUUGGAGAAUUUUAAGGCUGUGAACACUCAGCUCAAGAAGUCGUUUGUGGACCUCCAUGAGAAGUCCAGGAGGAAGGUCCAGGCACUGCAAGAAGAGAUUAAACAGCUCCAGGAACAGAUUUCCAAGUACCAGAACCAGGAAUCCCCUGAUCUGCCUGUAGGAGGCCAGGAGUCGUACUGUGGACCUAUCCUAGAGGAGCUGAAGCACCACAUGCAGGCCGUGGAACAGAUCCUACUUCAGGAGCUCUCCAGCAUGAAGCAGGAACAUCGGGAGAAAGACAUCUUGGAGAAGCUGAUGGAACAUAUCAAGAAAGCAGAGGAGAUCCUCGCUACUGAGGAUGUCGAAAUGUAUCAAGGUCCGUCAAGAUCACUUCGUCAAGAGGGACAAGAUCCGGAACGUCAGACGGGGAAGUCACCUCCAAGAGAGGGAAAACCGACCCCUUCUCCACUCUCUCCUACUGGUCAACGUGCAUAUGACCAAUCCAUGGACAAUGUUCUCGGUCAGCUCCAGAAUCUCCAGAAGCAGGUCUCGGAUACAAACAGUGCCCUUAAUAAGGAGCGAAUGCGGAACGAGGCGCUGGACGCACAGCUGAAGAAGAGCCAGGCCGAGCUGCGUACUCUGCAAGGGAUGCGGGAGAGUCACGUUGCCGAGGCGAUCGAACGACAACGUCGAGAGGACGACAUGAAGCACAAGACAGAGAUGGAUGAAAUGAUGGCUAAGCUGGAUGAGCUGACGUUACUGGCAGCAGAGAAGCAUCAGAAGCAAGCCUUUGAUGAGGAGCCAAGAUACCAUAGUGCCAGCAAUGAACUAAAGCAGCAAGUUACUAGUCUCGUCGCAGAGCUUGACCUGAAAGAUAGAUAUCUGGAUGAAGAGAAAUCGCAUGUUAAACAGCAGCAGCAAGUAAAUGAACAAUUACAGAGGAGGGUGACGAUGUACCACGACGAGCUUGCCAAGGCGAGACGAGAAGCACAGAGUUACAUUGAUACUGUUCACGGGGAACUGAAGAGAAAGGAAACCCUGUGUCAAUCGGAGAGACAGAAGGCUUUACAUGAGAAGUUACAGCAUGACAAGUGCAAGGAAGAAUUAGGUGCUGUGCAAGUCAAACUAAACCAGCUACUGAAAGACAAGAGUAAGUACCAAGAGAAAGAGGACCGAUACUUAGCAGAGAUUUUAUCUGCAGAGGAGGCUAUUGAGGCCAAGGAACGGGAGAAAUUAAAGUUUGAACAGCUGGCUAAGAAAUAUGACAAUGAAAGACACAUUUGGAAAGAACAGAUGGAGGUGUGCAAGGAUGAUUUCAAGGCCGAGCGUAAAGCGAGGGAAAACAUGCACACGGAGAAGGUUGAACUGCAGGCUCAGAUUGAAAACUUGCUGCGGGAGAACAAGAAGAUGGAGAGCGAACUCCAAGACUUCCACCGGGAACGGCUGCAUGCUGUGGCGGGGACUGCGUAUGGGCCGCCGACAGGCUUUGGUUAUGAUAGGAGAGGGGGUGGGGAGGUGUUUGGCAUGAGACGCCAUGUUUACGAAGCUCCCGGUGAAGAUGAAGCAGGAAAUGUCGAUCGAUUCCCAGAAACAUAUCAGCCUCAAGAGCUUCGAACACCCCAACAGGUUACCACAACAAACUGGUGCCCCAAGUGCCAACAGACGUUCCCCGAUUACGACACUCUCAACAUCCACUUAGCAGACUGCAUAGACUGAGGUUCAGGGUCAUGAUUCAUGGAUUAACAAAGAAUUAAGUGUGACUUAAAGUUGUGCUUAAAUGAUGAUUUUCGAUUGAUGCCAAACGGUGAAAUUCAUGGACGUAUACAUUCAGCGGGCAUUCCGUGAACAUGGUCUGGGCCAGUUGCAGAAUAGUAAUAAUGUUUACACUCAUCUUUUAAAACAAAUCAAUCGCAAGUCCCAAAUUUCUUUGUUGGAUCGUUGAAUUUCGAGCUUUGAUUGAUUUCUGGAGUUCAGUUUAAUUCCAACUCUCUUUGCAAUAUUCCCCAGUGACCAGGCACCGCAUGCAAAAUAUGAUUUACGUAUGAUUUCAAGUCACUGUAAAGUCAUUGUGAAACACCCAAAGAUCUCCAAGUCAACUGUAUUGUUAAAUUCUAAGAAAUAGUAGUUAAGUGAAUAUAUUAAUCAAAAUUUUACCUUUAUUUUGAAAGGAAAAUAAAGCAAUAGAAACGGCUAAUACAAAUUUAGGGUGCACA